AGCAGGCUCAUGGCGGAGGAACCUGAUGUGGGACUCGAUCCCAUAAAGCCGGGAUCACGCCCUGAGCCGAAGGCAGACGCUUAAUGACUGCACCACCCAGGUGCCCCUGGCCUCAUAGUUUCUUGAUCCUUGCUCUGGUUCAUAAAAUUAAGCAAAUGCUCGGAGAACAACUAUAACUUCAGUGUCUACUUACUGCAAUUCUGGUUUCCAGGCAGCUCUCCCUACCCACCCCACCUCCUACCCAUCUUUGACCCUAGAAUUUCUCAACAAUGAUUUUUCUGUACGUGUUAAAAGAUGUGUGUUAUAUUUUAGGCAGCAUUUCAUGGCAGGAGGGUUUUUAGGAUAUCAGAUCCACCAUAUUCAUGAAAGACUUUUGUUAUUUUUCAGAAAUCCAAAGCUUGUGGUAACUGAAAAGACCAUCCGACUUGCUUGUCGUCAUGCUAAGCAGAAUAAAAAAAACCUGCCUUGCUUUUUACUUGGUUCUGUCAUAGUAGAUGAAGAUGAAGAAAGUAUGACAUUGACAAUAGAUCGUUUUGAUCCUGGUAGAGAAGUACCUGAAUGCUUAGAAAGAACCCCUACGGCUUCUCUUCCUGGGGACUUUGUGAUUCCAUGCAAAAUUCAUACCCAUGGAGUUUGUUCAAAAGAAAUAAUAGUUCAUGACGCAGAUGACUUCAGUUCAGCUUUUAAGGUGAGAUUUAUUGAUAACUUGAUUUUCUUCAUUAAACACAAAAUCACGUUACAUGUACUAUGUUGUAUUUCAAUAAACCCAUAUUUAACAAGUAUUCAUAAUAAUUUCUGAUUGAAUGAUUGUUGCUGAAAUACAACUGAAUGUGGUUUCUGAAGGCAGAGAUUCUAGGGAGGUAAUAUGGAUAGCAUUCCAGAAGGGGAGGCAGUAUGACCAAGAUAACAAAGUGCAGGAUGUCCUCAGGGUGAUAUUAAGGGUGUAGAUUUUUGCUGCUUUUUGUGGGCAAUCACACUGGACUAUUAGUUUGGCCAGAUUGUAGAGAGCUUUGUCUCUGCCAGGCUAAGGAAUUUGAACUUUAUCAUAUGGGCUAUGUAGAGUCAUUGAAAGUUUCUGAAAAGAGGAAAUACUAUUAAAUCAAGGAUAGUUAAUCUAAUAGGGCAGCCUGACUGAAGUCAGAGAGAGUAGGUAGGCCAAGUCAGUAGUCAGGUGUGUUUUAGAGAAGGUAUAUUAGCCUGGAGUAGAGUGGUGGCAGAAUGUCUAGGAACGACACAGUGGGCCUGAGCAACUAUGCAGGAAGAACUGACUUGACGA